AGUACACUUGAAGCUCGUGGGCUCUCGAACUCGAACGUGGCAGGGAAGGAGCUCAAAAUCAAAGGAUCGGAGAGCACUUAUUUUAUUUGAGGUUCAUAUUUAUAGCAAGAUUGUGGUAGAAGGCAACUUUUACAACGAGCAUCAUGAUGAUGGACGACGAUGAAGCCUUGAAAGAGAGUGUAUCUAACCUUAGGUCGGCGAUACUCCUCCACAGAACCGACAUCAUUCGGAGCAUACUUUCGACAGCUGCAGACUACAGGGAAGAGGAUGGACUCUUUGGUGACGAUGAAGAAGAAGAAGCACAGUUGGGUGUUCCUAAACAGUUUUAUUAUGAUGAAUAUGAUGAUCCUUAUGAUAUUCUAAAGAUGAUGAUGAACUAUGUCGACAAUGAUGCUGGUACAUGUCUCCAUCUUGCUACUAAGCUCAGUUAUACAGAUGCAGUAAGGGCUUUGCUAGCGGCUGGAUCUGAUCCAACCAUUCCAAACAAUGAAGGAGCAACAUCAUUUGACUACUGUACAGACAAGUCAAUCUUGGGAGUUUACAAUGAGGAACUACUCCAGGCUACUGCAAACUCAAAUACGCCCAGGGUCCGUAAAUUGUUGAAGGCAGGAGUCAGUGUGAACGCCAGUGAUGGAGCAGCAAGUGAUAACAAGGCACUCCACUGGGCUGCGAGCUAUGGAAAUGUAGACAUUGUAAAACUUCUUUGUGAACAUGAAGCUGAUGUAAACAUCACUAACAAAGCUGGAGUAACUCCACUUCAUGAUGCUGUCAAUAGAGGGGAUUUAGACAUUGUUAGAAUCUUGCUGGAAUAUGGAGCAGCAACAGAUAUGAAAGCUAGAGAAGGACCAUGCAAAGGAAAAACAGCACUUAAUUUAGUUACUACUGUGGAAAUGCAAGAAUUGCUAACAUCACCUGUCCUAAGGGAAGAAAAAACUGUCACAAAUGGAGCUGCCUCUCAACAGGCCUUGGAUUCAGAAUCACUGCCAUCAGAGACCAGCCCUCUACCUCUAUCAGCAGCAAGCAGUCCCUCUCUCCCAUCCACACCCUCCUUCAAAUCUCGUCUACAGACACUCUCGGGAAUAACCCCACCAGCUAACAGUGAUACUCUGGAUCCCAUGUUUCUUCUUGUCUGGCCACACCCUCAAGUAAUCACCCAAAUGAAGGGUGCAAGGUUCUUCCCCACAUCUGUCCUUCCAGUUGUGAUAUUUAGGGAGUUAAAAUCAGAUAACUUUCAAGAAAUUGUUGAGAUUUGGAACACAAUGGAAGAGAGUUUUCAGCAGGUUGGAUAUUCCUUGGACCUGAAGGUCCUGGGAGAGGCCUCUGCAAGGAGAGGGAGUGUUGCAAGUAGCAUAGAAUGUCAUGUGUGUCCCCACUCCUUCAACAAGUCAGAAAGUUAUAGGAUUACUAUUUCAACUGUUAAGGUUGCUAUAACUGCAGGUGAUCUCUCAGGGUUGUGGUAUGCUGUAAACACUUUACUUCAGAUAUUUCGACUUUUCCAUGGAAAAGGGAUACCACAAGUACAGAUCAACGAUUGGCCAGACUUAAAAUUCAGAGGAGUGUUAUGGGAUGUUUCAACAGGACGCGUUCCAACAUUAGAAACAGUGUUUUCUUUCAUCGACAUUUUGUCGGCCAUGAAAAUCAACCAGCUACAAUUAUACAUGCAAAACACAUUUUCCUUUGCUGGACACGAAACAAUUUGGAGAAACAACACGGCUUAUGACGCAAGUGAUAUCAUCAAAAUAGACAGCUACUGUAAAAGAAGAUAUAUUGAACUUGUGCCCCAUGUUGAUAGUUUAUCUGGAUUCAGUCAGUGGCUGAAGUUCAAAAUGUAUAGACACCUAGCAGAGGAAGAAGUUGAUUUCGAUCCUCGCCAACAAAGACUGCCAUCCUGUCUCUGUCCCACAAGUGAUGAGAGCAUGACAAUGGUUCUUGGUCUUCAUACGCAGAUGUUUCCAUGUUUUUCAUCUACAAGGUUUGCUCACGUUGGCUUGGACUUGGCACCAGAAUUCGGAAAAGGAAAAUCACAUGUGAUAGCACAGGCAAAAGGAGUUGACGAGGUUUACAUUGGUCAUCUCAGAUCCGUCCACAGAUCUUGUUGCAAACACAGUCGGACGCUUCAGUUUUGGGCCAACGCCCUCCACGAUGACCCCGAGCAACUGUGGAAUGUUCCUCCUGGGGUGAUAGCCAUGGAAUAUGGACACACCGUACUUAUAGCAGUUUCAUGUUUGAUUUAUUUGUAUUGAAAUUCUCUUAGUUGGAAGACAUUAUACAAGCCCUUUUGAGACGUAUAAAGCUUUAAAUGCGAGAUAAAGGAACCUUGUUCGAUAGCCACGGUAAAAUUGUGCGUCGAAACACCCAUGCUGCACGCAUACUUGCCUCGCCCUCUUACAGCGUAUAUAAUAAUUGUAGGCUUGUUUUUACAUCUUUGUUUUUAGGUUCAUCACGACUUUUUGAAAUAUUGCAAACCACUAUCCGAUGCUGGCGUGAGCUUUUUUGUCUGCCCAGGAACGGGAUCUUGGAAUAGGUG